AAAUAUCUGAUCUACAGUACUCAAAUCAAUGAUUUGAAAUUAUUAAAUUAUAAAUUGUUUUAUAAUAAUCAUUAUACAGUAUUUAAUUACAUUACACAUAUUACAUACGUUACACACUUACACAUUAUACAAUACAAUUAAAAGUUUAAGUUAACUUUGUCAGAUGUCCCUGUUUUCAACGAUUAUAUAAAAAUUGCAAAAUAAAUCGUAAUUAUGACUACUCCAUCAUCUACAACCAGUCAAAAACACAAAGCAUUCUCUGGGGAGCCUAUGCGAGACAAACCAGUUGAAGAUCUUGCUGGUAUUGGACCUGUAUUAGCAAACAGAUUAAAAGAACAAGGAUUUAACAAAGCUUACAACGUAUUGGGUCAAUUUCUUCUUUUAGAAAUGGAUCAAGAAUUAUUCUGUGACUGGUUAAAAGAUACAGUGAAAGCUAACUCAAAACAAUCAAAAGAUUGCCAUGCAUGCUUAAAAGCAUGGUGUGAUGAAUUUUUGUAGAUAGUUUUUGUGUUUUGUGAUAAUAAUUCUUAAUUCUAAUGUUAUGUUUUAUUUCAUUAAAAUUUUGUGUACUCAUUAUUUAAUAUAAGUAAAUAUUCAAUUUAAAAUAUA